ACACUGUGUUAGUGUAGCUACUUUCUUCGUAGGAAGGUGCGUCUUCAGUUUGAAUACACAGAUAUUAUUUGAACUCCCAUCCUCGUAAAGAAAUCCUUACGUGGUGAAUUUCUAUAUAACAUUGGAACACUUAGCUAAUAAUUGGAUCCAGUAUUGUCGUACUGUGUAAACCAUUCAUAUUGGUAAUAUGAAGGAGUGGGUUGAUGCACCACCUGUCUGUUACUCAAAUGCUAAAAAUCUCGCAAGUCCAGUCUGGAGAACAGACGCUCUUACUGUUCCCUGUUCUUACUUAUCGAGGUCCACCCACGGUAGUCAAGUCUUUUAUCCUGCACCGAAGUGCAAGACAGCAUGUAAAACUUCAUUCAUAUGUCAGCCCUGGAGAAAUAUGGUUCCGAAUUGUGAUUAUUUAUUACCUAAAGACCCUCGCCAGUGGACACGAGAACAUGUGGCCUGCUGGCUGCAGCACGUCAUUACGCGCCAUCAGUUGCCUUCAGUUCAGCUUGACCGUUUUUUGAUGAAUGGGAAAGCACUGUGUUUAAUGAGUAUGGAAAUGUUUGUUCAUAGAGUACCAUUAGGAGGAAAGCUGCUCUACAAAGACUUCCAGCUUCGUCUUAGUACUGUCCUUUAUAGUUGAUACUUAAAGUAUCUCGAAGUGUAGCCUAAAAUAAACUUCAUUUUUUGGUGUAGCCUAAAAUAAACAUCACUCAGAAUGAAGUUGCUCUGAUAUUGCUCACAGUUGAUUGAAAGAAGUCAAGUUGUUCUUAUAUUGCUCACAGUUGAUUGAAGAAAGUCAAGUUAUUCUUAUAGUACUCAAUAUUGAUUGCAGGAAGUCAAAUCGUUUACUUUACUGAAGAAUCGCAAUAGUUUGACCAAAUACCCAUUUCAGUUAGUAUGUUUCAUGUCACACGAUCAGUGAUUACUCGUAUCAUAUUUAUAAGUUAAUAGAAACUACGAAUAAUACCAAUAUUCAGAUUGGUAUAUAACAAAACCAAUCUGUACAGUUUUCCUCUCACAUUAUUAACUCCCUAACAUAUGAUGUUCUUUUAUUUUAGAGUGUCACAGCACUAUUUUAAACUGUGUGUGUGUUGCUCGAAGAGUACAUGUUGUUUUUACAAAAUAAACCAUCUGUUUGAAUGAAUGCUCUACA